AUGACGACUCCCUCUGGGAGUAUUUUUCAUAGUACUGAUCGAGGCAGCCCGGCAAGGAGUGCUCUCGUUUCUCCUAGUAGCCCUAGUGCUCUUGUGAUUCAUAACGAUGAGGAAUUACCCGAGGAAAUACUGGAGUGUUUGGGCGAAGACCCGUCAAAAUUACCAUGCUUUAAACCGAAGGAGCCCGACUCGUCCACAGAGAGUAGGACAGAAGUCAACAGGGCGCUACUCUCAGAAAACGUACAAAAAGUAGUCCAGACAAACCCAUCCACUGGCAGAUUCCCUUACGUUGAUGGCAGGGAUUGUCUCCGGAAAGCGUAUCAACAAAGAGGUCUCCCAGAAGAAGCAAUAGAUACGAUGAUUAGGUCGAUAUCUCACACAACACUCAGACAGUAUCAAACCACAUAUAAACUUUGGUGGGACUACUGUACACAAACCAACACAGACUAUUUCAAUGCAACACCACAUCAAGUUAUCCAAUUUUUACAACAGCUUUUAGUUACAAAGUCCCAUAACUACGGAACUUUUAAUUCGCAUAGAUCUGCCUUAUCUUUAUUGUUAUCAGGAAACAUAGGCAACGAUAGUGAUCUAAAACGAUAUCUUAAGGGAAUAAUGAGGUUAAGACCAACGAAGCCAAAAUAUUCAACAACCUGGGAUCCUGCUCCAGUAGUAAAAUAUCUGCAGGCCUUAUUCCCUUAUGAUAGAUUGAGUUUAGAAACUCUUACAUCCAAAGUAGUCACACUUUUAGCUCUCAUUUCAGCCCAUAGGGUCCAGACCUUAAGUCUCAUUCAAUUGUCCAAUAUACAAAUAUCAGAAUCAGGCAUCACUAUCAAAAUUACAGAACCCACAAAAACAAGUUUACGAACAGGAAUUUAUCCAGUUAUGAAAUAUAAAUACUUUACAGCUCAGCCCGAAUCAUGCAUUGUUUUGGCGAUCCAAGCCUAUAUCAAUAGGACCGAAGAGUUACGCAACUCGGAGGAUUUCCUAUUUAUUACAACGAAGAAGCCGUUUAAGAAAGCAAGCACAAACACUAUUAGCAGAUGGAUAAAGAACACCCUGCAUGAAGCGGGCGUUGACACUUCUGUUUUUAGUGGACACUCUACUCGUCAUGCUGCAACCUCUGCAGCUGUCCGCAAGGGCAUUUCAGUAGAGAUCAUUCGUCAAAAUGUUGGUUGGACAGCAACGUCUCGUGUUUUUGAAACUUUCUACAAUCGCCCCUUAUCAACAGGGGACAACAUUUGUAAUGCUAUCCUGUCCUGAGACAUUCAGGCCAAUAGCAUCUUUUUCGAUUUAAUCGAAUUUGUUCUUUACAAUAAUAAGCAAUAAACAGCUUUAAACAUCUACAA